CCUGAGUCGCCGCCAGCAGCCGCCAUACAGUAGUCGUCGCGACCGCAAUCGAAUACCACGCACCAUCGGCCCGCAGCAGCGGCCAUCCAACCAUGGCCUGUGUACACAGAACAAUGAUAAGGACUUGGGUCCAGCUUACACUGGUCGUCCUGUGCUACGCGGACCCUCAGCUGGAUUUACCCCCGCUUUCUUCGACGCCAAGGAAUCCAUACGGGCUGGGCGUAUCCAGUACCCAAUCCAUAAACGCGCCUGGGAAUCAGUACGAUACCAGAAACUUUGCGUACAGCACCGGGCGAGCUCCGACGACGCCCGGGGUUUAUCCGGUUUCAUCCACCCCGUAUCCCAUAAACCCGGAUAUCAGUAACAAUGGCUACCCGAGCGUAGAUUAUGGCGGUAAUCCGAGCUCCACGUUCCGUCCGUACGACGAGAGGAACCGGGAGGACAGGAUAGAUAUCACCAAUGACCCCAAUUUCAGACGAAACGAUCCUAACUUCGUCCGCAAUGAUCCCAACUACCUCGGGGCUAACCCGUACGAGUUUAAUUCUAAUGCCAUCGAUGACAGGCUUCACCGGGUUAAUCUGCAGCAGAUACGGGAUUUCUUGAUCCAGGCUGACGAUCAGGCUUCUAAGGAGUGCACUAACAAUGUGGCCGCGCAGUGGAAUUUUGAAACCAACGUCAACGAUGCUACCCAACAUGCAGCUCUGGACGCCCAGCAACGCUACACGCUGUUCCAGCGUGGUCUCUGGGAGGCUGCUCAGCAGGUCCCCCGAGGAGCGGUCAGGGACUUCGCUACCUUCCGUCAGCUGCGUCUGCUGUCCAUCAUCGGAGCUGCUGCGCUACCUCCUGAUCAGCUUGAUAGAUACAACAGAAUCAUCAACGACAUGCUGGCGGUCUACAACACGGCGGAGAUCUGCGCGUACAACGAGCCCUUCAAGUGUGGGCUACACCUCCAACCUGAUCUCCAGCACAUCAUGUCCCACUCAAGAGACUGGGACGAGCUGCAGCACGUGUGGACGGAGUGGAGGAGGAACACCGGGAGACGGAUCAGGGAUCUGUAUGAACAGCUAGCGGAUUUGACGAAUCAAGCUGCGAGGCUUAAUAACUUUACCGAUGCUUCGCAGUACUGGAUGUUCCCGUAUGAAAUACCGAACAUGAGACAAGAAGUAGACGAAGUUUGGGAACAGGUGAAGCCCCUCUAUGACCUGUUACACGCGUACGUCCGUCGUCGUCUCCGCGAAGCCUACGGCCCUGAGCGCAUCUCCCGCUCCGCUCCCAUCCCGGCCCACGUGCUGGGAGACAUGUGGGGACAGAGCUGGUCCGGGAUCGUGCCCUUCACCCUGCCCUACCCGGGAAAGACCCUGGUUGAUGUCACGCCGGAGAUGAUUCGUCAGGGUUUCACCCCACUCUCCAUCUUCCAACUGGGCGAGGAGUUCUUCGUGUCCAUGAACAUGUCGGCCAUGCCGCAGGACUUCUGGGCGCUGAGCGUGUUCGAGCAGCCGCCGGACAGACACAUACACUGCCAGCCCUCCGCCUGGGACUUUUGUAAUGGACACGACUUCCGAAUCAAGAUGUGCACACACCCAGACCAGAAAGACCUGAUUACGGCGCAUCAUGAAAUGGCGCAUAUCCAGUACUUCCUCGCGUAUAGAAACCAGCCCAAAGUGUUCAGAGACGGAUCCAAUCCAGGUUUCCACGAAGCUAUCGGCGAAGCGAUCGCUCUCUCGGUUGCCUCUCCUCGCCACCUUCAGACCCUGGGCUUGAUCCAACGAUCCGUGGACGACACAGCUCACGACAUCAACUACCUCUUUACCCAGGCGAUGGACAAGCUGGCCUUCCUACCGUUCGCCCUGGUCAUGGAUAGGUGGAGAUGGGAUGUGUUCACAGGAGAAGUUAGAAAGGAGCAGUACAACUGUCAUUGGUGGAGAUUGAGGGAGCAAUACCAGGGUGUGAAACCUCCAGUUCUACGAUCCGAGUUGGACUUUGACCCGGGUUCCAAGUACCACAUCCCAGCCAACAUCCCCUACAUAAGAUACUUCGUGAGCACGAUCCUGCAGUUCCAGAUCCACCGGGCGCUGUGCGAGCGGACAGGACAGUACAUCCCCGGCGACACCUCCCGCACACUCCACAAGUGCGACAUCUACCGGAACCCGGAGGCUGGGAGGAUACUUACGCGUAUAAUGGAGCGUGGAUCCUCUGCACCAUGGCAGCAGAUACUACAGGAGACGAUCGGCGAGGGACGGCUGAAUGGUCAGGCGCUCCGGGACUACUUCAGGCCUCUCGAGGACUGGUUGAGGAGUGAGAACCUCAGGACUGGGGAAUACCUGGGCUGGAGUUACGAUGGAGACUACUGCAAGUUCAGCAUCGAAACCGCCGGUCUACAAGUGUAUGGAGGUUUCUACAACGCGGCUACAUCUCACUACAGCGUCUCCACGUAUAUCGGCAUUCUACUGACCUCCAUGUUCACCACAAUGUUUCUACGAUGGUGAUUUUUUCACAAAAAAUAUAAAAAAAUAAUUAUGUAAAAAUCUCAUUUUACCAAUAAAAUCAUUUAUGGUAGAGUUUUGUUACGAAUUAAAAGUAUUAUACUGUUUAAGGAUCUUAUAUUUAAACAUUUUGUAUGAUGCGUAAAACAUUAUGUAAAUACUAACAAAACGUAUGCGAUAUUUUGUAAACUGUGUUUUAUGUAUAAACUUUGAUAAAUUUGGAAAUCACUGCUCGAAAAAAUGUAGUCUGUUACGUAUUUGGAUGAGAUACGUAUCGAAUAUAUUAAUCGUCUGAUAAAGUUUGCAUAAAAUUACUAUAAAUAUUUCCAAAAGCUGCGGUAUUUUGUUUCUAUUUAUUUCAAAGAUAUUUUUGUUGAUUGACCAUUUAAGUUUUAUCUUGGCCAAUCUAUUUCAAUUAAAAAUACAUUUUAGAAACCGCAACUUUAAGAGCUAUAGAAUGUUUUAUUUUGUUUACUUUUAUAGACAAUUUAUUAGCAAAAUACUAAAAAUAUUUAAUUUCAUAACGAAAUGUGUAUCGAAAUAUUUACAACUGUAAGUAAAUACAUUUUUAUGAUAUUAAUGAAAUACGGGUUAGAGACGGUUAGAAGUUAUAACAAAAGCAUACAAUAAUAUAAUUUAAGUAAUAAGCGAUUUUUAAGUUUUAAUACUAAUUAUUACUAUUGUUUCCUUGAAUCAUACAAGGAUUUAUGACAGGUACUUCAUUAAUUUUA